AUGAAGAUCACUAUGCUCCUGUCCGCGGCUGUGCUCAUUGCGGCACCGGCUUUGGCCAGAGUAGCGGUGAGACCCAGCAGCAGCCAGUUAUUCCGCAAGGAACAAGGAGGCGGUGUCGUCAACGUUCCCUUGACGGACCACACCAGAAGCGAUGGGAAGACCGACCUGCAGUGGUUUGCGAAAGUCUCGGUGGGCACGCCUCCUCAGGAAUUCAAUGUGUUGAUUGAUACCGGCGCUAGGACGCUCCUCCUCCCCGCGAGCAACUGCACCACCUGCGGCCAGCAGACGCUGUUCGAUUUUUCCAAGUCCUCGACGUUCUCCUGGACAUCAACGCCAUUUAAUGAAGUCUCGUUCGGAACGGACGGAAACACCAUUCCUGUCUCGGCCCCCGUGUUUGCCAGCUGUACUAAUGUGAGCGACGCUGUCGGCAUCCAGGACUUGACGGCAAGCAAAUACCAGUUCCUCCUGUGCGACCAGCAAGACGCUGCUUUCAGUUCCCAGGGCGAGAUCGACGGGGUCCUGGGCUUUCCCGUCGAGGCCAGUGAAGAGAAGGGGCUCGAGUGGGCGCUGUACGAGGCCGGACUACUUGCCAACCCCCUCUUCGGAAUAUACACUCCAUCCGGACAGCUCACCGGUGGCCAGCUGACCCUUGGAGGUCUCGAUGACAGCAAGUACGACGGGACCCUGACAUAUGUCGACCUGGAUCAUGAACUGUCGCUCUUCAAGCAAAAUUGGGUGAUGGACAUACAGACCGUCUACAUCAACGGCGAGCAGCUCCAGACCACUACCGACACGAGCACCACCAAGACCGGGUACCCACAAGCACUCAGUAUCCUGGACACAGGCACUGCGCAUGUGCAGGCUCCCACAUACGAGGUCGCGAGAGACAUCUAUGCCACCAUCUCGCCCAAGAUCUACCAGAUAGAUCCUGUCGGCGCCUGGGGAGCUCCAUGUUCCGACAUGGAGGCCAUCACUUCUGAUGUCACCUUCCUCUUCGGCUAUGAUGGAGCAAGCCAGGCCAACGUCACUAUCCCGUCCAAGUCCCUCAACCUUGGUCCGUAUCCUGGGAGAGAUGGCCUUUGCCAGGCUGCAAUCACCAACUGGAGAUAUGGGCAGGUAAACGACGACGGAAGGGGUGUCUGGGUUAUCGGAUCGCCGCUCCUGAAGCAGUACUACACUGCUUGGAAUGGCCGGGACUUGCAGGUGGGAUUCGCCCCCCUCAAAGCGCCACCUGUCAGUGAAGUGCCACACAACUGCAACAGGAGAAGGAACACUGGUUGA